AUGACAGGGCCUGGCGGUGGCGCGCGCGUCCCCUGCCCUGCCCUGCCUCGCCUCCCCUCCCUGGGCCUCCCUGAUGGCCUGAGGGGGCGACGGUGCGCGGGGCUGGCGGGCCCGUCGGGCGGCCGUUUGCUCGGUGACGCCCCGUCCCGUCCCCUCCCGUUGCUCCCGCAGCCCAAGGUGGCGGCGUUCCGGGGAGGCGCGCCCCGCGGCUGGAACCUGGGCGGCGCCGACGCGGGCCGGCUGAGCGACGUGUUCCACAGCGUGAUGCUGAGCGGCGCCCCGCCGCCCUUCUACGACGCCUACAAACCGCAGAGUGAAGACAGUGUUGAUCUUCGGCAGACCUAUACUCCACUUUCUUCAUCAACAGAAUAUUCCAGUUCUGUAGAUUCUCCACUUUUCUAUGCACCAUGGUCUACUUAUGGAGAUGAUAUUAAACAGCCUAAUUCUCUGAUCAGUGUAAAGAAUAGGAUUCAAACGGAAAGAAAUGACUAUGGCAGUGAAACAGAUUUAUAUGGACUUGUAUCUAACAUUUUGGAAGAACAAGAUAAAUCACAGACAUAUUUUGCUGAGGGGACCUGCUCCUCCAAUUUAAAGUCAGUUUGGCCAAUGAACACAACAAGCAGAUUUGCAGAUCACCAUGAACUCUUAACAGAAACCAAAAGAUCAAUAGAUACAGCCAUCUCUCAGCAAGCUUUUUACAGUAGUGAAUCUGUGUCAGCAGUGGAAAAACAAUAUUUGCACAAUAAUAAUAUCACACCAACACAACAAAAAAUAGAUGAGCUUUAUCAUGGAUUUACUGGUUUAGAACUUGAAGAACAAUGGAUGUAUCCCUCGCGAAGUGAUCAUUCUAACUGUUAUAAUAUUCAGACAAAUGAUACAGCCAAGACAACAUUCCAAGAAUAUCCUUUUAUCAAAAACUGUUUUACACCACAAACGGGUCUGUCUGAUAUCAAAGAAUCAGGAGUUGAGACAUAUCCUUACGGAAGAGAGAAAAUAUGUACUAAAAGUCUGGAAGCACCAUUACAACAAAAAAGGGCUGAGAUAUUCCUUUCUCAGUUUAAUAGAUACCAUGAGAAUGCAGAUUACUGUAGAUACCCAGAGUAUGCUCAUCCUCAUAAGGCUAAGAUUAGUAAGUGUUCAAAUUUUAGUGUCCAAGAUAAUAAAAAACUGGCCAAUGGUACACCUGAAUCGCCAACUGUAGAGGCAGAUACCUACACAAAAUUAUUUCAGGUUAAACCAGCAAAUCAGAAAAAAGUGGAGGAGACAAUACCUGACCAGCAGAAUUUCACAUUUCCAAAACCUACACCACACCUAACAGAAAAACAGCUCGCAAAGGAAACAGCAUUGACUGCUGAUUUUGGCUUAAAACCAGACUAUGGACUAAAAUCUCACACAUCUUGUCCAGCUAAUAAUGAUUUUGCUAAUGUCACUGAAAAGUCACAAUUUGCUAAACCUGAUCCCCCAAAUUCUGAUUAUUUUAAAUCAGUGAAUUUAUUAUCAAGCUCAGUAACAUCUCCAGGAGGAAUCAGUUUAAACAGACCAACUUGGUUGAAUAUCCAGACAAAAAAUAACACUCCUGUUCCUCAUAGAAAUCAAGGUAACUUGAUGAAAUUAAAUAGUCACUUAAAUAUAGCUUCAAAAGGUUCUAACCAUUCUUCCGAAUUCCCCCAAAUAUCAUCCACAAAUCUAACCCCAAAUAGCAAUUUGUUUCAGAAGUAUUGUCAAGAGAACCCUUCAGCAUUUUCUGUGUUUGAUUUAAAUUACAAUGGUGUAGAAAGAAUUCAGUCUAUCAAUCACAUGGAAGGACUGACAAAGACUGGAGAAGAAAAUCUCUUUGAAUCGGUUGCCGAUAAAAAAAUUAAGCAGCCAAAUGGAUUUUGUGAUAACUACUCAGUUCAGCAGUAUGGGAUCAUUGAAAAUGUAAACAAGCAUAACUUUCAAGCUAAGCCCCAGAGUGGACACUAUGACCCUGAGGAAGGUCCAAAGCAUUUCGAUGGCUUACCUCAAAGCAUGUACCAAGACCUGUUGGAGUCACAGGGUCAUUUUAAUAGCCACAGGCAGGGAAGCGGAGACAACAAUGUUACGACCCGUGUGACUCGCACACAGGCGUCAUGCUUUUCGAAUAAUUAUAUGAUGGGAGAUUUAAGGCACAAUCAGAGUUUUCAGCAACUUGGUUCAAGCGGGUUUCCCCUUAGAUCCACCCACCCAUUUAGUCAUUCUGUUGUUCCACUGAUGGAUGCCUAUGAUUUGUUUUCUUACGAUGACUUGAGCCAUUUAUACCCUUAUUUUAAUGAUAUGAUGUAUGGUGAUAAUUCCUUUUCUGGUUUCGUGCCGACUUUUGGAUUUCAAAGACCAGUUAAAACCCGUAGUGGACCAGCCAGUGAACUUCAUGUUCGUCUAGAGGAGUGUUAUGAACAAUGGAGAGCAUUAGAAAAGGAGAGGAAAAAGACUGAAUUGGCUCUUGCCAAGAAUUACCCAGGGAAAAAAGUAUCCAGUACUAACAAUACUCCAAUUCCACGGUUGACCUCCAACCCAUCAAGAGUUGAUCGCUUAAUUGUGGAUGAACUUCGAGAACAAGCAAGAGUUGUGACUUUACUAGGCAAAAUGGAACGUCUUCGAAGCUCUCCCCUUCAUGCCAAUAUCUCCACUGCUCUGGAUAGACACUUGGAGUCCAUUCAUAUUGUCCAGUCACGUAGAAAGGAUGAGAUUGUUAAUGCUUCAAAUCGACAGAGACAAGGAGUUCCUAGAUGCCAGGAUGACAGAGAUGUCUUUGCCCUUGCAUCGGCUAUUAAAGAGAUGUGUGUGGCAACUCGGAAAUCUCGUACUACCUUGUGGUGUGCACUGCAGAUGACCUUGCCCAAAACAGCCAGUACAGCUGGUCAAACAGAUGUGGAAAAGGCUUUACAAGAUAUAGUAAAUUGUGAAGAUAAAGUCCAUGAAAGCAUGAAUAGUAGCAAUCCAAUGAACCAGAGAGGUGAAGCAAACAAACAUUAA